AUGGAGGUUUCAGGAGACCAUCUAAAACUCAUGGUGAAAACCUUCAGGAGAGAAUGCCACAGGAUUAUACAGUCUGAACGGACCACCAUUCAUGGAGCUGAUGGUAUGCUUAUGGUGCUGCAGCUGGCCAUGGCACAAGUGAAUAAACAGCAAGGCGGAGAGUUCAAAGUGGCUCUGAGUGAUGUCCUGAUGGCCUGGAAACAGUUACUGUUAGACAAACUUCACCUGCCACCGCCCAACUUUGCAUGCUUGGAGAACUAUGAUCUCAUCCUGGAGGCAUACGAAUCCUUCCUGAAACGCUCCAACACUGUGGACCUGGUUGAUAUCUUCUCUAUGUACAAACAGCUGAGAGUGGACUCAGACCCAGAGGAACUUGUGAGCUCAGUCCAGCUGUUCCAGUUCCUAUCAGGCAGAACAGAAGCUUCAGAGUUGCAAGAGUCCACAGUUCCAUCUACACCAUCCAGUAAAAGCAGAAGCUGUAGCUCACAGGUGAAAAUGGCAGUCAGAAGGGUUUUCUUUUCUUAUCUGAGUUUACUUGUGAACUCCAAGAAUGACAUGGCCUUGACGCUCACCCUUGACGUCCCCACUCGCACACUUGGACGACAGGCAUUUACUGACAUAAAGCAUGCUGCACAGAACAACAACACUUCUCUCUUCCUGGCUGUGACAUCUUUUGUGAGGGCCAUCCAGCUUGGAGGGAAAGGCUAUGCUCCCACUCAGUCUGACCCACUGAGGAAACAUAUCAAAGGCCUGUCUGACUUUGUCCAGUUUCUAGACAACCUGGAAGAAAUACUAGGCGAGAUUUCUGACCCAAGUGUAUGUGGAGUCCGUCUGGUGGCUACUAUCAGAGCAGCAUUGGUGAAGGGACGCAGCAAUGGAGAUGCUGUAUACACUGCAGCUGAAGAAACAGCACAGGAGCUAAAGGAGAGGAUCUGCCAACUCCACCAGAUCCAGAAACAGACUGCUAAUGGAAGCAUGAUAGGGAUAAGUCCUGCCAGGCCAAAAGCUUAUGCUGUUAAUCAUGCCACUGCAUAUGGAGGGCGGGACACUGUGAAGGUGCUCAUGGCGUUGCUGGAUGAAGAAGCCCUCACUCCUCCCUGUCGGAACAAGGCAGACCUGUUGUCUGAGGACCAGCCUGUCCUCAGUGGAGCUGAGGGGACCUGUUUGCUCACACUGUUCAGAUCCCCUGAAGUGGUCACUGGAUGCUCUCCAGAGCCCUUGACAAAGAGAAUCCAGAGUCGACUAGACCUGCUCAAACCUAAGGUUAGAGAAAGAGUCAUUCGAUCUCAGUUCGCCUGCACUUACAAAGAUGAAGAUGAACUACCACUUAACCGUGUGCUGGACUUUCCCAGCACCAGCCAGGUCCCCACCUGUGUACACCCAGCUCCCAAAUUCAAAACCACCCCAGUGGUAGAUGAGGAAUGCACCUCUGACAUGGAGCCCACAGACACAGCCAAGCCUUCCCUCAAAAGUCCAAAUAAGGAGCAGAGCAGAGUGCAACAGGGGGCAACUCUUGGGCCAGGGAGUGGAAAUGCCCAGAACAGAGAUGCAGGCCCAAGCAGUAGAAAGGAACCUGGCAUUAAGACACAGAACAAGGCUAACAAGAGGAAACAGGUGGAAUCUGACCAAUAUGGUGGAUCAGAGAACGAGCCUCCACAGAAGAAACAGCCAACUAGUGUCUCAGUCAAAAUGCCUGCUAAAAAUGUAAGCAAGGCUUCAAAUAAAAAGAAGCUGAUUACUGGACAGGCCAAACUCACCAGCUUCUUCAGAGUCUAA